AAGACUCUGUGUGUAAAAUCCCAUUAAACGGAGCACAUACUCACACAGACAACAGCGACGUGUCUCCGCACAGAAUAGAUCAUGUCACGAGGCAGAAUUAAUGAUAGCUGAAGUAGCUAUCAUUGACUGUUUCUUGUUGUGCGUGUGUGUGUGUGUGAGAAGAAGCGUUAGAUAUCCAAGUGUCCGGUGUUUCUAUGCAACAGAGGCAGCGACGCUCUUCGCUCUCACGCAGGAAUAUAUAGCCGUGGCUCCGUAGACAUUGAAGGAACUGUGCGCCUUUUUUAACCCAAUGGAGCGACACGGGGAUGGAGGUGAGGCGGCUGGCAACUCACAGCAGCAGGGGAGUGCGCGGGAGCCUGGGUUUCCUCCUCUGGCCUGUGAGCUAUCAGAUUGUCUGUCACAAGAGGAAGCCACCAUGAUGAGGAGGAAUGACCACUACUGGCCAGUUCCUGGUGAGGAGAAGAAUUUGGAUAUGGACUAUGUGAACACCAAGCCCAGCGAGUCCAUACCAAUGAAAAAUCUCUACAUGGACGAUGUCUCGCCCCACUAUUCACAGCUGGGCCCAUACUUUUCUGAUGGGCAGAGGCGGGUGGACUAUAUCCUGGCAUACAACAUCCAGAAACCCAGCAGUGACAGGCGUCGGUCAUCCAGAUUUGGUGAAAACAACUUCAUCCGACGGCUUCGCCGCAGCCUGAGUAUGAGAGGCAGCCGAGCUCCGCUUCAGCCAAAGGAGGACCCAGAGAUUGCGGCCCAGGACCAACAGACAGACUAUCAUGAAGAUGACAAGCGCUUCAGGAGGGAGGAGUUUGAGGAAAACCUCCUGGAGACAGGGCUGGAGCUGGAGAAGGAUGAAGGGAGUAAAAUCCCUGGUAUUGGCUUCUUGAAGAUCCAUGCUCCUUGGAACGUUCUGUGUCGAGAGGCUGAGUUCAUGAAGCUCAAGAUGCCAACAAAGAAGGUCUAUGAAGUAAAACAAGGCAGUAAUGUGGUAGAGAAGACCCGGCUCUUCAUUCACAAAGUUACUGCUCCACUUCAUCCAAAGGUUGACACCAACAAACCAGAGACUGCCAAAUCCCUCUCUCAUCCUUUCUCCAGAGAAAAGCAGCAUCUAUUUGAUCUGUCUGACAGGAACAAGUUCUUCGACAGCAAGACCAGGAGCUCAAUAGUCUAUGAGGUACUGAAGAGGACAAGAUGCACCAGAGCCAAAUACUCCAUGGGGAUUACCAGUCUACUGGCCAAUGGCAUCUACACAUCUGCUUAUCCUUUGCAUGAUGGAGACAUCGAGGGUGUGAAUGCUCAGCCUAAUGACAGGAAGCUUUUGUAUGAGCAGUGGGCCAGCUACAGUGUCUUCUACAAGUACCAGCCCAUUGGACUCAUCAGGAAAUAUUUUGGGGAGAAGGUUGGACUGUAUUUUGCCUGGUUAGGCGUUUACACACAGAUGCUGAUUCCUGCAGCCAUUGUUGGAGUCAUUGUAUUCCUCUACGGCUGUGCCACUGUCGAUGAUAACAUACCAAGUAUGGAGAUUUGUGAUCCAAGGAACAACAUUACCAUGUGCCCGCUGUGUGACCACGCCUGCAGCUACUGGAAGCUGGUAACUGCGUGUGGUACAGCUCGUGCCAGCCACCUUUUUGACAACCCUGCCACUGUCUUCUUCUCCAUCUUCAUGGCCCUCUGGGCUGUUCUCUUUAUGGAACACUGGAAGAGACGGCAGAUGCGACUCAACUACAUCUGGGAUCUGACAGGCUUUGGGGAGGAGGAGGAGGAGGAACACAAGGACCACAACAGAGCAGAAUAUGAGUUCCGUGUCAUGCAGAAGACAAUGAGACUGGAACAUUCCACCCCAAAGGGCAAGAAGGUGAAGCUGACUUGCACUGAUAGACUACCAGCCUACCUAACUACUGUGCUCACAAUGGGCUUCCUGAUUGCCGUGACAUUUACCAUAGUCUUUGGGGUCAUCCUGUUCCGGAUCAGCAUUAAGGCAGCGCUGCACAUGAGCAACUACCCUGCAGCACGGUCCAACGUCAGAGCCACUGUCAAAACCACUGCUGCCAUUAUCAACCUCAUAGUCAUCAUCAUCUUAGAUGAAAUAUAUGGAGCCAUUGCUCGCUGGCUCACCACACUGGAGGUUCCAAAGACGGACAAGAGCUUUGAGGAGCGCCUCAUCUUCAAAACUUUUAUUCUGAAGUUUGUCAAUGCCUUCACUCCCAUUGUCUAUUUAGCCUUUUUCAGGGGCAGACUUGUUGGGCGGCCCGGAAACUACUUGUAUGUAGUUGGAUCAUACAGAAUGGAAGAGUGUGCUCAUGCAGGCUGCCUCAUGGAGCUUUGUAUCCAGUUAUGCAUCACCAUGUUGGGCAAGCAGCUAAUCCAGAACAACCUGUUUGAGAUUGGCAUACCGAAAUUAAAACAAAUGCUGCGGAGGAGGAAAUCAGAUAUGGAUACAAAGCAAGAGGAGGAGCUGAACAAUACCUUGCAGCGGUACGAGAAAGACCACCUUCUGGGUCCAUUUGUUGGGAUCAACCCAGAGUACAUGGAGAUGAUCAUCCAGUUUGGAAUGGUGACUCUUUUCGUGGCCUCCUUCCCUCUGGCUCCCCUCUUUGCUCUCCUGAAUAACAUCAUCGAGAUUCGCCUGGAUGCCAAGAAGUUUGUAAGAGACCUGCGCAGGCCAGUCGCAGCCAAAGCAAAGGACAUUGGUAUCUGGUACAACCUCCUGAGAGGCCUCAGCAAGGUGGCAGUCAUUGUUAAUGCCUUUGUCAUCUCUUUCACAUCUGACUUCAUCCCUCGGUUGGUCUACCAGUACAAGUACAGCCCUGAUGGUACCAUGCAUGGCUUCAUCAAUCACACAAUGUCUUACUUUAAUGUCAGUGACUUUCAGCCAGGCACAGACCCACUGCAUCCCAUGCAUCUUGGCUACAAGGUUCAAAUCUGCAGAUAUAAGGACUACAGAGAGCCUCCGUGGUCCAGCACUCCAUAUGAACUCUCAAAGGAGUUCUGGGCCAUUCUGGCAGCACGCCUUGCCUUUGUCAUCAUCUUUCAGAACAUGGUCAUGCUCAUGAGUGACUUUGUGGACUGGCUUAUCCCAGACAUCCCCAAGGACAUCAGCCUCCAGAUCCACAAGGAGAAGAUCCUCAUGGUGGAGCUUUUCAUGAAGGAGGAGAAGGGCAAAAGGAUUGCAGCGCAGGACAACCACAACCAGGACAACCACACUGCACCUUCAUCACCCAAUCAGAGCCCACCACAGCCACGCUCACGUCUCAAGUAAACCCCACAAAUAAAUAUAAAUUAAGCAUUAGAAUGUCUAACAAGUGAAUUUGUGACAUUAAACAACAAGAAAAUUACAAAAUUAGCCAUUAUUCCAAAAACUAGCAGGGAACAGGUUUAGUGAUAAAGGACAGUACUAGAUUUAUGGACAUACAUCGUUAGUUGUUGGAUGUAAUUAAAAGGAACAAGCCAUUUGUUUAUCAUUUCAUUUUGUAUUGCAAGCUGCAAUAGUUACCUAGUAUACUGAGUAGCAAAACUUUAAAAUUGUUUUAUUGUUUUAUCCAAAAUAAGUGUGCUGACAGAUGUAUGGCUGUGCAGAGAAAUUGUUGUGUUUUGUGUGUUUGACAUCAUACUUGUGCAACAUGAGAAAGCAACUGAAAUGGAAUAAUCUUGCCUUAACGUAAAGGAAGUAUGCAUUUUAAUUUAACUGAAGCAGGAGUUUCUUGAUGUAUGUAGAAAGUAGCAGCAGUAUGAUACUCAUGUGCACAUCAUUUUGUUUUGAUCGUUGUUUAGUGGGUAAACUGUGCUUCUAACUCUCUGACCCUGCCUUAUCCAGGCUGCUCCAAGGGCUUGAACUGAUUACCUUCUCUGAACCACCUGUUACUCAUAUAUCUUCAUUUUGCUGUUUUUAAACAAAGAAAGAUAUUGCAUUAAUAUUACUAUCUUUUCUUAAAUUAACCAAAUCAACUAUUUGGCAUUUUCUUAAAAGAUUGUAUAAUAACUAAUCAGUUUUUAUGCUGGAAAAUGUGAGGGUGUGACAGAAUAUAAUUUUGAAUUGCAUAAUUGUCCUGUAGACUGAAAUAUGCUGUCACAGUUACUGCCAGUCUGUGUCAAAUCUUUUCCCCUGCUGUAAUUUUUUUUAUCUAUCUAGAAUGAAAGAAUUUAUUGUUACAUUUAUAAUUUUUAGUGAUGUAUAACCACGUUUAAAUCAACAUUUUAUCAA